CAUACAUAUAAAAAACAAAUAUUUUUUACGUAGUUUACUAUUUUUAUACAUUUUAUAUGAUUAUUAGUUAAUCUUUUAACUGAUGAUGAAGAAAUUUCGAUACUAAUUUACAAUGGCAGAAACUCGAAGCGAACGUCCUUUAGAUGUAAAACGAGAAGAGUUUAAAAACUUUUUAGAAACUGCUGGAGUAUUAACAGCAUUAACCAAUGUGUUAAUUAAACUAUAUGAAUUGGAUGAAAAGCCUGUAGAUCCAUUAGAAUUUAUGAGAAAUCACAUGACAGAAAUUAUUACUGAAAAAGUGGAACUAGAAAAGUUAAAAGAAGAAUUUGAGACUGUAACACAACAAAUUUACACGUUACAACAGGAAAAUGUGAAAAUGACAGAUAAACUAAAAGAAUUGGAACAGAAGGAACUCGAAGACAAAGUUACUGAGAAGGAAACAAAAAUGUUAUAAGUGUAUCUGACAAUUAAUUAUUUAAAAUACAAUUUUCUGCAGUUGUUAACGUUUGAAAUUACAAUUUUUAUUCAUUUUUUUCUUAAUAACUAUUUUUAUUUAUUUAUCAGACACGACAUAUUAUAAUAAUUAUUUAAAUUAAAAUCGGUGAUUUUGGAUAACCAUAGUUAAAUUUUGAUGAAUUAGUAUACACCUUACUGAGUUAUUUAAAUUAUUGAAAUCUCAGGUAAUACACAUCGAAAUUCGUAUGAUUAUGACAUUACUUGGAGUUAAAUUAUCAAUUAUUUUAAAUCUAUAAUGUCGUUAAAUAUAAUUUAUUAAACAAAAUUAUUUCAAAGUAAAAUUAAAGAAAAAAUAUAGCACUAACAUACUAUUAUUUUAUUGUAUAGUACAUGUAUGGUUUAUUUACUCUGGGAUGCAUGACCAUGUAACGUUAAUGGUUUACUGUUAAUGUGUAAUUUAAAUAAGAAAAAUUCACGUUACAAUUAAUCAUACAAUUUUAAUGAUCUACAGUAGGUCGCCAUAAUUUAAAUAGUAACGUUUAACCUCUAACACAUGUUUGAGUAAAAUUAAGCUUGAACACUUGAUAGAAUAAAUAAAUUAAAAUCUAUUAAAGUAUUUUUUUAUUUAAUCAUAAAAAGUUUGACAGCAUAAAAGAACAAUGUGUAAUAAAAA